AUGGUUCGUGGACGGAAAUCCAGCAAUUUGGGCGCGGACAUCCGCGGUGACACUGGCGCACCGGCCAUGUCCACCAUGAAUGAGGUCAGCCCAAUUGAUGGAGAAGCCCCCAAAUGGGAUCAGGUGCUGCAGUCCGGUGCCUCCGACGAAAAGUCGCCCAAGGCGCCCGCCAAACGUCGCAAGAAGUCCUCUCUGCGCCGCUUCAAGGAUGUUUGUCUAAAGCACACCUGGCUUCUGCCGUUGCUCAUCAUGGUCAUUCUUCUAUCCCUGUACGCGAUCAACCCGACAACGUCGAAUCCGCUGCACAGUGCCAUCUUCCUGUCCUACCCACAGCCCCCGAAGGUCCCUGGCGGUCCAAUCAUGUACGGAAAAGGUCCCAAGGAUAUUGCUUUCGUCUCCUUCUACACGGUUGUCUUGUCAUUCACUCGUGAGUUUAUGAUGCAGCGCUGGAUCCGGCCCUUUGCGGUGUACUGCGGCAUCCGCGGCAAAGGCAAGACUGCUCGGUUCAUGGAACAGGUAUACACGGCCAUUUACUUUGGAAUCUUUGGUCCCUUCGGUCUGUAUGUCAUGUACCGGUCCGAUAUCUGGUAUUUCAACACCACGGCGAUGUUCGAAGGGUUCCCUCACCGAGAGCACGAGGCACUGUUCAAGGCGUACUACCUGCUGGAGGCGAGUUACUGGGCACAACAGGCGAUCGUGUUGAUGCUUCAACUGGAGAAGCCGCGCAAGGACUUCAAGGAGCUGGUGGCACACCACAUCAUCACGUUGGCACUCAUUGGAUUGAGCUACCGGUUCCACUUCACUUACAUGGGUAUCGCCGUGUAUAUCACACAUGAUAUCUCCGACUUCUUCCUUGCCACUUCCAAGACCCUCAACUACCUCGACCACUGGAUUACGGCGCCAUACUUUGGUAUUUUCGUCGGCAUGUGGAUCUAUCUUCGGCAUUACCUGAACCUGAAGAUCCUCUGGGCUGUUUUGACUGAAUUCCGCACGGUCGGACCGUUCGAGCUGAACUGGGAGACCCAGCAAUACAAGUGCUGGAUCAGUCAAUACAUCACAUUCGCCCUGCUGGCCAGUCUGCAAGCUGUCAACCUGUUCUGGCUUUUCUUGAUUCUGCGUAUCCUGAAGAACUACAUCAUCAGUGACAUCAGGAAAGACGAGAGAAGCGAUGAUGAGGAUACUGAGGAGGAGAUCCCGGUUCCCGACGCCAACACUCAUGCCACUCUCGCGACGGGUAUCGAGGCGCCGACCCUGAAUGCCCGCAGCAAAGAGAACAAGACCCCUCAGGUCCUUGUGAACGGCCAGCCUGUCAACAGCAAGCAUUAG